UUGAGCUGCAUUUUAAUCGUUUGACAAUUAAUUGCUUGUAUUACCCGAUACACUCAAAUAAAUUACAGGUUUACACUUGUGAAGUAAUUUAUUUUUCUGGUCUUUUCUAUUGCUAAAUUAUUGACAUUGACAUUGACAUUUUCAUGGCUUGUGCUUCAAAUAGUAAAGUUAACACAAUAAAAGUGAAAUUGGUCGACGACGAGGAUUUUCAUGACCUGGUCAUUGAUUGGUCACUAACUGAAUAUGCUGAGAGACAAGUUUUUCGUCAACUAGCACAAAUUACUGGAAUACCAGUUGAAAACACAAGCGGAUUUAUCAUUUUGAAACAUGAGAAUGCGAUGACAUUAACAGUAUCUGCGCUCAACAAUGUCCAACGUCAACACAAUUUCACAAGGGAUCGUGUAAUGAAUGUGGUGGAAGAAGGAGAUAAAUUUUAUAUUUCAACAACGUUUCAUUGUCGAAUGGAUAGGCGUUUGUGGAUUGGUUAUAGGCUGGUUGACGAAAAUUUAACUGAACAAUUCAACUGUACGCCAGAUUUUUGUCGGCACUCAAAUACCCGAGCCAUAAUUGAUAGACAGAGACAAUUAGUUACUAAUGAAAUGUUACGCGUUAGAUUGUCCCAACAACUUGCUAUAAGUAACAUUAAUCAAUGGAACCGAGUUUUUAAAGAUUUAAAUAUUGCUCAACAUUUUAAUCUGAUUUGUUCACUAGAAGUUCCAAUCUAGUAAUUCCGAGCUUUAUAACCGUAAUCGAGGAUAAUCUUCAUAAUCUUCAUUGCUAAUAUUUUUUGCUCAUGAUCUCAUAAUUUCUUGUAAAUGCAUCGAUCACUCACAUAAUUAUUCAAACACCACAGCCGAUGAGCUUUUACAAUUUUGACAAUAAAGCAAAAUAUCUUUUGUUCAACUA